AUGCCACUGCCUGCAGCUCCAGUCAGCUGGAUGGUUUGUCCCCUGGGAAGAGGCAAAGCAGCUCUCAGGAAAGGCAGGCAGAGGCAGGAAGAGGGCCCUGUGGGGGACCCUCCCCUCUUCUCUGGACCAAAAAGCUGCUUCACCUGCACCCAACAUCCUGCCCCAGCACGGAGCCCGCAACCCAAAUGCAUGCCCUGCUUCAGCACCAUCAGCCUUGCCGCUUGUGGGAAAGAGGGUGGGGAGCUAGCAGAAGCCGCUUGUCUGGUGCUGCCUCCAUGGUUGGGCUGCCCCUCCCCCAAGCAAACCCCAAGGCAAGAUUCAACUGGCAAGUCUUGCCAGCAGAACAGAGCCAGCAUGAGGGCUCCUUUCUCCCGCUGUGCCCGCAGAAAUUGGCUGGCAGUUGCUGGGAGAUCCCCCCAAACUGCACUUGGGAGGAAGAGAGGAGACCAUCCCAGCUGGCAAGCUGAGGAGCUUGUGCUGAUGAAACAAGUGGCCCUUGUACUACAUGGAUUUCCUCAGCACAGGAAUGCUGCCAGCCAGCGCCCUGGCCUUUGGCGAGCAAGGGGGCCUUGCUUGCUGCUGCUGCUCUUUGAUAAGCCAGCUGUGAUCCUCUCUGCAGGUGGGCUUGCUCAGGUGAAUUAUGUAAUUAUAUUCUUCCACCCCCACUGCCCUUAG